AAUAUAAUGCACCUUUUAAGGUUUUAGACAAGAGGGGUAAUUUCAGAAUAAGAAGCGACAGAGAGUGUCGAAGACUUCUGUAGUAUACAUGAAACAAGCAUUUGUGCUCAGUCACUCAUCAGACACAUAGGAACAGAAUCAAAAUAAAUAAGUGUGCUUUUAAAAGCAGGAAAUUAUUAUUAAUACAUCACUUUGUUGUAAACAUAUCUUAAAUAACAUUAUUCUUUUGUGUUUUAUUGAAUUUUUUUGAUAAUGGCUACGAUAAUGUGCUUACCUGAAGAGGUGAUUACCAUCAUUCUCGGGUACAACGAUAUCACCGUUGAAGACAUUAUCAAUUUUAGAUGUGUGUGCAAGCAAUUCCAGUGGGUAGGCAAAUUUGAGAAAUAUAAGGAAAAAAAGUUUCUUCAGAGAUGGCCUUCUGCGAAGAAAUCUUUUGACAAGUACUGUAAAGAAAAUGAGCAGAGAAAAUCUAAAGGAAAUGAGCAGGAAAUGUCUAAAGAGAAUGAACAAAAAAAUAAAAAAGACUUUAUUAAAAUAGGAUUAUUUUAUGCAAGAGAAUUACAGAAUUAUGUAUCUAAAAUAGUUAACUCACAUUACGGUAUGAAUAAAACAAUCGAUAAUUUAAUAAAAUUUGAUUACAUAUUUAAUGAAAAUCCAUAUUUAAUAAAUGACAUUGUUGAUAUAGUCUAUCAGCAUAAAAGUUUUAUUAAAUAUUCUUUCUUCAUUGAUGAGAUUAAGAACUUGCUUACACAAUCUCCACGAAUAACUGGUUGUGAUCUAACCAAAAGAUAUUGCAAUAUAAAAUUAUUUUACUUUAUGAGGCAAUGUUUCGUAAAAAAGAAGUUGAUUAGAUACAUAUCUCAACCUUAUGAAACUCAUCUUUUGGAACGGACUGCUACUUUGGUAGCACAACUGUUUCAACCUGAAAAAGAUAUCUUUUAUUCAAACAUAAAAAAGUCGCUAGAUGACAUCAAAUUAGACGUAUUGCGUUGUCUCAGGAUAAAACAUCCCAACCAUUCGAUAUUCUCGACAUCCCCUAAAAUUCUUUCAUAUUGGGAAAAUUGCAAUAUUAUUAAUAAUUAUUGGAACGAAGCAGAAAGAAUACAAAUUAUGGACAUACUCAAGGAAUACAUAUUUAGCAAAUUUCAACUAAGGAGAUGGAAAAUGUCUUCCAACGCAAAGUUGGAAAACAUGUGUAUAGAUAAUGUAUUAAAAAAUAAAUGUGGUCAUGAAUUAAUUUUAUUAAUAAUUUAUCACAGUGUGGCCAGAAAACUUGGUCUACGUUGUGAUGUAAUACGUCUGGGUUAUUAUUUUUCUCACUUCUUUAUUCUUUGGAAACCAAACUAUAUCACGUCUAGUAUAAAAAAUAUGAGAUGUUUUAACAUAAGUUCUAAGGAAAUUUGUCCUUUUUAUCAUGGUAUCAAAUAUCGUGAUGAAGAACCUACAUCGAUACAAUCAAAUUUUGUAUACAUCGAUGAAUUAAGAACUGGACAGUUUUGGAAACAAUUAUUAUGGUUAGAUUUUGGGUUUAUGCUAGAUGGAUCGAUUCAUUUGAUUGAAAACAACAAGACAAAUGCGUUAAAACUUAGCGUUGAAAAAACAAAGCUAUAUACAAGACCAGAAGACGUAAAAUUUGCAGUUGGUAUGAUAGUGGUACAUCAACCUGCAAAUUGUGCCGGCGUGAUAGUAGGAUGGCAUCAACAUCUUGAUAGACAUCGUGUUACGAUCUCAAUAAAGUGUCUGCCCGGUCCUUCUUGUAUGCACAUGUGUGAAUUGACUCACUAUCGUAAUACUGAUUUUAUAAAGAAACAAACAAAUUACAUAAUUCUUACCGAAAAUAAUAAAAUGUGUUACGUAGAAGAAGAUACUAUAACUUUAACAGCGCCGAGAUGGAUCGACAAUAGCGAAAUAGGUCGUUAUUUUUGUAAAUUCGAGGGCACGCAUUACGUACCAAAUAAAAUGCUGGCGAGACUUUACCCGCAGGACGCCGCUAUAACUGCAACAUUGAAAUAUAACUGAAACGUUGCAAUACUAUUGAUGCAUCUUCGAGAACUAAAUAUUUUUCUUUAUUUUUUUAUCGUCUGUUUUCUUAUCCUUCAAUUUUUAUGCUUUAAUGAUAUACUUUUUUAGAUUUCUUUUUAUAAUUUUUUAUGAUGUAGUUCUUAAUUUGUGACAUUUUUCAUUAACAUUAUAAAAAACUUUUGAUAAAUUGAAUUGAUUUACACAGACGUAGUAAUAUUAUUGAAUUAUUUUAUA